AUGAAGCUUAAACUGCUAUUAGUCCUAUUCUUCGCAACCUCCCAUGUCUCUUUGUCCAUCACUGAUGGUUUGUUGCCAAAUGGAGACUUCGAGCUUGGGCCAAAACCAUCAGAGUUGAAGGGGUCAGUAGUAACUGGGCACAAUGCCAUUCCCCAUUGGAAAAUUUCAGGAAUCGUUGAAUACAUAAAAGCAGGGCAAAAACAGGGUGACAUGUUGUUGGUUGUGCCUCAGGGUAACUAUGCUAUAAGGCUUGGCAAUGAAGCUUCCAUUAAGCAGAAGAUUGAGCUUGUGAAGGGUAUGUUCUAUUCCUUAACUUUCAGUGCAGCUCGCACUUGUGCACAAGAGGAGAAACUCAACGUGUCUGUGGUACCAACCAAUGAGAAGAGUGAUUGGGGAGUGUUUCCCAUUCAGACUAUGUAUGGUAGCAAUGGUUUUGACUCUUAUGCAUGUGGGUUCCGAGCUGAUUACCCUCAAGUGGAAAUCGUGAUCCAUAACCCUGGCAUGGAGGAGGAUCCUGCAUGUGGUCCACUUAUUGACUCUGUUGCCUUGAAAGUUUUGUACUCACCCAAACGAACCAGAGACAGUUUGUUGAAAAAUGGAAACUUUGAAGAAGGGCCAUAUGUGCUCCCCAAGGAAUCUUGGGGGGUUUUGAUCCCACCCCACAUUGAGGAUGCUCAUAGUCCUUUGCCAGGAUGGAUGGUUGAGUCUCUCAAGGCUGUAAAGUACAUUGAUUCUGAUCACUUUGCUGUCCCUGAGGGACAAAGAGCCAUUGAACUUGUUGCGGGAAAGGAGAGUGCCAUUGCACAAAUGGUCAUAACAACAAUAGGCAAGGUUUAUGACCUUACUUUUGCCGUGGGUGAUGCCAACAAUUUAUGUGCAGGUUCCAUGGUGGUAGAAGCAUUUGCCGGUAGAGACACUGUCCAAGUCCAAUAUCAGUCUAAGGGCAAAGGAGGGUUCAUUAGAGGCAAGCUUCGAUUCAAGGCUGUGUCAACACGCACACGUGUAAGGUUCUUAAGCACAUUUUACACAAUGAAGAAUGAUAACUCCGGUUCACUUUGUGGACCCGUAAUAGACGAUGUAAGAUUGCUUAGUGUACGUUAUCCUUAA